AUGGAAGCCUAUGGGCACGUGGCUGGAAAUCCGCUAGAAUGCCUCUCUCUAGCGAUCCAGUUGAAAAAGGAGCAGGUCUACGAUCGAGACGGCAAUCCGGCCUUCAGGGUUGGCUUUAAAAUCGGAGGCGGUAUUGACCAAGACCCGAGCCGCGCCCCGUUCUUAUAUCCAGAUACGGGAAUUUACAUAACCAAUGUUGAGCCGGAUUCUCCAGCCGAACGCGCCGGUCUCGUCAAGCAUGAUAAGAUUUUAAGGGUAAAUGGCGUUGAUUUUACGAUGGUCACCCACGAUCGGGCGGUGAAAUAUAUUCAGCGAAAGCCGGUGCUGCAUAUUUUGGUAGCUAGGACUGGGAUCCCGCCAUUAAAUGAGGUUUUCACAACACCCGGUCAACAUGCUCAGACUAUGCAGGGAUGC